AUGGACAAAACCGACGAAAAACCGCUUCACCCACUGCAUCGUUCGGCAGAUGGUACUUGUACGAGUAACCAUUUAUCAGCUCCUUUACAACCAAAAUCAAACCAAACGCAGAAUGAACCAGUUUACUUGGUCUGUCCCAACAAUUCGCUGCCCGAAAUACGAGAGGUUACACUAGUGCGGCGCAACGUUGGCCACAGAUUUGGAAUGCGAAUCGAAUCCCUUGGAUGCGGCAUCUACGUGACAACGGUUCUACGAAAUUCCCCUGCAGCCACGGCUGGACUUAAAGUGGGAGACGAACUACUCACAAUAGACGGGGAGCCCGUAAGUCACAUGUCCACACAUGGCGCAACGGAACGUGUCAGAUCGUCGGCAUCCGAGGUCCUUCGCAUUACCUAUAGGCCAAGAACACCAGUUACAUGUAUUCGUGAGGUGGCAGUGAAGAAGAUAGAUGGCAGAGUUGGCAUUCGACUGAAACGGCGUAAGGAGGGUCUUUUUGUAGACGUAGUGCUACCCUUUUCUGCAGCCAGUAAUGCUGGGAUUCGUGAAGGAGAUGAACUAAUCAGAGUCAAUAAUCAACCAAUAAACGGCUGGUCACAAGACGCCGCAUCACAACUUUUACGAGAUUUCCCAAACGGAGAGAAUAUGAUUUUGUACAUACGACAAAUACAUCCAUUCAGCAACUGUUAUGAAGCGAACCAUCCUAUGGAUAGCCUUCAUUAUAAAAGACACGCUAUUCCAAAUCGGACAACCUCAUUAGAGAUCUUGAGGGAAACUGAUGAAAGGACAUCUAAUCAACAAGUCUCAACAAAAGUGCCAAACGAACUAGUCGAGCGGAGAUACCCAUCAAGGAAUACGUGGGAAAACAAUAACUUGUUGCACCAAUGCGGUUGUGAACCCUAUUCAGUAUUUUUGCGCAGUGUAUCCCAUCAGGCCGAAAAUGAAGAUCCAUUUAAAGAGCAUCAAUCUCCUCGCAGUAGACAUUUGCAAAAUGGCCCUUUUGGGAUGGUCAACAGUUUGAGUGACUGGGCUGUGCGUUACGGAACUAAUAAUGGGAGCAAAUGA